AUGAGUGCAUCCCAACCCCUCCCUGGGACAUGUCACCCGUACGAAUCCAGCCAUGCCAGAGCCGAUCUCCGACACGUGAAAGGUCACCGCUACGAAUCCAGCCAUGCCAGAGACGAUCUCCGACACGUGAAAGGUCACCGCUACAAAUCCAGCCAUGCCAGAGACGAUCUCCGACACGUGAAAGGUCACCGCUACGAAUCCAGCCAUGCCAGAGACGAUCUCCGACACGUGAAAGGUCACCGCUACGAAUCCAGCCAUGCCAGAGACGAUCUCCGACACGUGAAAGGUCACCGCUACGAAUCCAGCCAUGCCAGAGACGAUCUCCGACACGUGAAAGGUCACCGCUACGAAUCCAGCCAUGCCAGAGACGAUCUCCGACACGUGAAAGGUCACCGCUACGAAUCCAGCCAUGCCAGAGACGAUCUCCGACACGUGAAAGGUCACCACUACGAAUCCAGCCAUGCCAGAGCCGAUCUUCGACACGUGAAAGGUCACCGCUACGAAUCCAGCCAUGCCAGAGACGAUCUCCGACACGUGAAAGGUCACCGCUACAUAUCCAGCCAUGCCAGAGACGAUCUCCGACACGUGAAAGGUCACCUCUACGAAUCCAGCCAUCCCAGAGACGAUCUCCGACACGUGAAAGGUCACCGCUACGAAUCCAGCCAUGCAAGAGCCGAUCUCCGACACGUGAAAGGUCACCGCUACGAAUCCAGCCAUGCCAGAGACGAUCUCCGACACGUGAAAGGUCACCGCUACGAAUCCAGCCUUUCCAGAGACGAACUCCGACACGUGAAAGGUCACCGCUACGAAUCCAGCCAUGCAAGAGCCGAUCUCCGACACGUGAAAGGUCACCGCUACGAAUCCAGCCAUGCCAGAGACGAUCUCCGACACGUGAAAGGUCACCAAAAUUUUGUUUCCACUGAAAAGAGCUCUGAUUAUUGCUCUUCUGAUGAAGAGGGUGUCCAGGGCUAUAAUCCUAGCGGCAUGGUGCAGGGUGGACAAGGCCCUCAAGGAUCCCAGUCAAGCCUCGGCGACUGGCUCUAA